GUUCGCUUCCGGUCCCGUGCCCCCAACAUGGCGGCAGCCCCUGCGCCCAGUGAGUUCUGAGCGUCGCUCGGCCCGUCUCCUGCCGCCGCCCGCUGUUGCCCGGCGUCCUCCCUGCGUGCCGAGCCGGGCUGUGUCCCGGCGCCGCCGGCAGAGUGCCGGCAGCCCCGGGCCGCCGAGCCGUUCCCGCCUGGGGUUGAGGCGCCGCCGCCGCCAUGGCGCCAGUGCAGCUGGAGAGCAACCAGCUGGUGCCGGCCGGCGGGGGCCCCGCGUCAGCCCCAGCCCCGCCGGCACCGGGCGCAGUGACAGCCGCCGCCAGCCCCGGCUACCGGCUCAGCACCCUGAUCGACUUUCUACUGCACCGGACCUACGCCGAGCUGACCGUGCUGGCAGAUCUAUUACCAAGGAAGACCGAUAUGGAAAGAAAAAUAGAAAUAGUGCAGUUUGCAAGCCGUACUCGUCAACUGUUUGUUCGUUUAUUAGCCUUGGUCAAAUGGGCUAAUAAUGCUGGAAAGGUGGAAAAAUGCGCGAUGAUAUCAAGUUUUUUGGAUCAGCAAGCCAUUCUGUUUGUGGACACUGCUGAUCGUCUGGCUUCUCUAGCUAGAGACGCUUUGGUUCAUGCUCGUCUACCUAGUUUUGCUAUCCCGUAUGCAAUUGAUGUUCUGACAACUGGAUCAUACCCUCGCCUACCUACCUGCAUUAGGGAUAAAAUAAUCCCCCCCGACCCCAUUACAAAGAGCGAAAAGCAAACCACCCUUCAUCAGCUGAACCAGAUUCUUCGACAUCGUUUAGUGACUACAGAUCUCCCUCCCCAGCUGGCAAAUCUUACAGUUGCCAAUGGUCGUGUGAAGUUCCGAGUCGAGGGGGAGUUUGAGGCCACCUUGACAGUGAUGGGUGAUGACCCUGACAUCCCCUGGCGCCUUCUCAAACUGGAAAUCUUGGUUGAAGACAAGGAAACUGGAGAUGGUCGAGCCUUGGUUCACAGCAUGCAGAUCAACUUCAUCCAUCAGUUAGUCCAGUCGCGGCUGUUUGCUGAUGAAAAGCCACUUCAGGACAUGUACAACUGUCUGCACUCCUUCUGCCUAGCACUUCAGUUGGAAGUCCUGCAUUCACAAACACUAAUGCUGAUUCGAGAGCGCUGGGGUGACCUAGUGCAAGUGGAGCGAUAUCAUGCAGGGAAGUGCCUUUCGCUCUCUGUUUGGAACCAACAGGUGCUUGGCAGGAAAACGGGGACUGCUUCUGUUCAUAAGGUCACUAUUAAGAUUGAUGAGACCGAUGUCUCAAAACCCUUGCAAAUAUCUCAUGAACCUCCACUACCCUCCUGUGAUUCCAAACUGAUGGAAAGAGCCAUGAAGAUUGACCAUCUCUCCAUAGAAAAACUCCUAAUAGACAGUGUCCAUGCCAGAUCUCAUCAAAAACUCCAGGAGCUAAAAGCCAUUCUGAAGAGCUACAAUGUUAACGACAAUUCAUUCAUUGAGACAGCUCUUCCAACUCUUGUAAUUCCCAUUUUGGAACCUUGUGGUCGAUCGGAGUGUCUGCAUGUUUUUGUUGAUCUCCAUUCUGGAAUGUUUCAGUUGAUGCUCUAUGGUGUUGAUCAAGUGACACUGGAUGACAUAGAGAAGUGUGUUAAUGAUGACAUGAAGCGGAUCGUUCCUUGGCUCCAGCAGCUUAAGUUCUGGCUUGGACAGCAACGUUGCAAACAGUCAAUAAAGCACCUGCCUACAGUGAGCAGCGAAACACUUCAGCUGGCUAAUCAUGCUAGCCAUCCAGUGGGAAACCUCUCCAAACACAAACUGUUUAUCAAACUCACUCGUCUUCCACAGUACUACAUUGUCGUAGAGAUGUUUGAUGUUCCUGGCAACCCCACAGAACUAGAGUACAAGUACUACUUUCUCUCAGUGAGCUACGCUGAAGGAGAUGACAACCCUGCUACUGCACUUCUGUUACAGCAGUUCAAGCCAAACAUUGAAGAGUUGGUACUAGACACAAAGAGUGGGAAACAAAUGAAAAGUGGUGUCAAGCGCAAGUUGUCUGGUGAUCCAUGUUCCAUAGAACCUAAGAAACCAAAACGGACAGGAGAAAUGUGUGCCUUCAAUAAAGUCCUAGCUCAUAUUGUAGCCAUGUGUGAUACAAAUAUGCCAUUUAUAGGGCUUCGUUUGGAGUUAUCUAAUAUGGACAUUCCUCACCAAGGAGUACAAGUAGAAGGAGAUGGCUUCAGCCAUGCCAUACGUUUAUUAAAAAUUCCUCCCUGUAAAGGUGUAAACGAGGAAACACAGAAGGCUCUGGACCGAUCUCUUCUUGAUUGCACUUUCCGAUUACAAGGUAGAAAUAAUCGCACGUGGGUCGCUGAGCUGGUGUUUGCAAACUGUCCGCUUAAUAGCACUUCAUCCAGGGAGCAAGGACCAACCCGUCAUGUUUACCUAACGUAUGAAAACCAGUUAUCUGAACCAGUUGGAGGUCGCAAAGUUGUUGAGAUGUUCCUCAAUGACUGGAACAGCAUUGCUCGGCUGUAUGAAUGUGUCCUGGAGUUUGCACGGUCCUUACCAGACAUACCCAACCACUUAAACAUUUUUUCAGAAGUUCGUAUCUACAAUUACCGAAAGCUUAUCCUUUGUUAUGGAACCACCAAGGGGAGCUCCAUCAGCAUUCAGUGGAACUCCAUACUCCAGAAGUUCCACAUUUCACUGGGAACCGUUGGCCCAAACUCAGGUUGCAGUAACUGUCACAACACGAUUCUGCACCAGCUCCAGGAGAUGUUUAAUAAGACACCAAAUGUGGUGCUGCUGUUACAGGUUUUGUUUGACACUCAGGCUCCAUUAAAUGCCAUCAACAAACUUCCAACUGUGCCCAUGCUGGGUCUGACUCAACGCACUAACACUGCCUAUCAGUGCUUCUCGAUUUUGCCACAGUCGCCUACGCAUAUCAGGCUGGCUUUUAGGAACAUGUACUGCAUUGACAUCUACUGCCGGAGCCGUGGCGUUGUAGCCAUACGUGAUGGAGCAUACAGUCUUUUUGACAACAGCAAAAUAGUUGAAGGUUUUUACCCUGCACCUGGAUUAAAGACAUUCCUGAACAUGUUUGUUGACAGCAACCAGGAUGCACGAAGGCGGUCUGUAAAUGAAGAUGAUAACCCACCUUCUCCUAUCGGAGGUGACAUGAUGGAUUCUUUGAUAUCUCAGCUUCAGCCUCAGCAACCUCCCCAGCAACCACAGCAGCCAUUUGCAAAGCAGGCAGGAGCAUCGGGAGCGUAUCCUCUUACUUCACCACCCACCUCCUAUCAUAACACAGUGACACCUUCUCCAUCUAUGAUGCACACACAGUCACCAGGAAACUUGCAUGCUGCGAGCUCACCUAGCGGAGCUUUAAGAGCACCAUCACCAGCGUCCUUUGGUCCAACUCCUUCACCUUCCUCCCUUGGAAUUACAAUGGGUCAAACAGCAAACUUUGCCAGCCCACACGGUACCAUAGAUCCAAGCUCACCCUACACCAUGAUGUCACCCAGUCAGCGUGCAGGGAACUGGCCAGGAUCUCCCCAGGUUUCUGGUCCAUCACCAGCAGCACGGAUGCCUGGAAUGUCACCAGCCAACCCUUCCCUUCAUUCACCUAUCCCAGAUGCCUCUCAUUCCCCACGAGCUGGAACAAGUUCCCAAGCAAUGCCAACAAGCAUGCCUCCACCUCGUAAACUACCUCAGCGUUCUUGGGCUGCAUCCAUACCUACAAUCCUCACCCACAGUGCCUUGAAUGUUCUGCUGUUGCCCUCUCCUACCCCUGGGCUUGUGCCAGGACUAGCUGGCAGCUAUCUUUGCUCCCCUCUUGAGCGAUUCCUUGGAUCAGUUAUUAUGAGGAGACAUCUUCAGAGGAUCAUACAACAGGAAACGCUACAGUUAAUAAACUCCAACGAACCAGGUGUAAUUAUGUUUAAGACGGAGGCACUGAAGUGCAGGGUUGCGCUCAAUCCCAAAACCAACCAGACCCUGCAACUCAAAGUAACACCUGAAAACACAGGCCAGUGGAAAUCGGAGGAGUUACAAGUUUUGGAGAAGUUCUUUGAAACAAGAGUUGCAGGACCACCUUUUAAAGCAAACACCCUAAUAGCCUUCACAAAAUUAUUAGGGGCUCCAACGCAUAUCCUCAGGGACUGUGUUCACAUCAUGAAACUUGAGCUGUUCCCUGAUCAGGCAAGUCAGCUGAAAUGGAACGUGCAGUUUUGUUUAACAAUUCCUCCCAGUGCACCACCAAUUGCACCUCCAGGAACACCUGCUGUUGUGCUGAAAUCCAAAAUGUUGUUUUUUCUCCAGCUAACACAGAAAACAGCAGUCUCACAGGAAGCUGUUAGUAUUAUUGUCCCAAUUAUUUAUGAUAUGGCUUCGGGUACAACUCAACAGGCUGACAUUCCCAGGCAACAGAAUUCUUCUGUUGCUGCUCCAAUGAUGGUUAGCAAUAUUCUAAAGAGGUUUGCUGAACUGAAUUCACCACGACCAGGUGAAUGCACAAUAUUUGCAGCCGUUCGGGAUUUGAUGCUUAAUCUUACGCUGCCCCCUGGUGGGCGUCCAUAGACACUUUUAAAAGAAGGCUGAAAAUGAGACAAAACAGCAAAAAAAAAAAUAAAUAAAUAAAAAAUAAAAUAAAAAAAAAUCUCUCUGAAAUUAAGCCUUCAAUUAAAAGAGGACGUUUAAUUUUACUUUUUUAAGAGCUAACUAUAAUAAACUGGCAAACUUUCAGGGAUGCACUUUCAUCAAAUGAGUAUCACCACGACUUUUGUAUAGUGCUGUUGUAUAGUGUGUUUUGAUGGGAGACACUUCAGACUAGGUGAUAGAUCGAAGUAUCAGCUUGCUGGUAAUAGAUUUACUAUUCUGUUUUAUACUAUACAGAGUAUGAAGAUGCCAAACUUGUUUGUUUUUUGUUUUUCUUAUGUUUUGGUGUAAUAGUCUUUUUUUAAGGCAGGUCUGUCAUUUUUGAAUACUGUAAAACUGUGACAAACUUUAUAUUGAAGCUGUAUUUUAAUAUGACUGCUUUGAAUCCUUAAACAAUUUAUUUGGGCUUGUUGUAAACAUGUCCCCAAAAAGCAAUAUUUAAUAAACUGGAUUAAAAAAAAAAUCUUCACCUGGGUGUUGUAUGAUCUUAAACAUUAUUCCUCUCUGCUGUAGUCACUGGCCAGAUCUCUUGUAUCCCCACUUACUUGGGCUGCCUGUUCUCCUGUUUCCCCUAUGUGCUGCUGACUUUAAAAAAAAAUAUAUAUAUAUAUUUAUAGUUGAAUGGUUUUGAUUGAUUCUAAGCUUAAGGAAGCACCUUUUCCACCUGUCAUGGAACUUUUAGACUCUUGAAAAACAGUAGAAGUGAUUCAUCUUAAGUUCUUUACUGUGACAGUAGUGAGGUGCUGGCACAGCUGCCCAGGGAGGUUGUGGAUGCCCCAUCCCUGGAGGUGUUCAAGGUGUUGGAUGGGGCCCUGGGCAGCCUGGUCUAGUAUUAAAUGUGGAGGUUGGUGGCCCUGCCAGGCAGGGAGGUUGGAGCUUCAUGAUCCUUGAGGUCCCUUCUGACCCGAGCCAUUCUAUGAUUCCAUGAUCGUAUUGUAAAAGCAGGUAAGAAAGAUAGAAGCUUGAAGCGUAUGCCCUGAAAUUGGAGAGCAUGAUCCAAAAAAGCUGAAGAUGACAAAAAAAAACAAACCAAAAAACCACAGAAGCUAGCUCCCAUGUAACUCUUUGAAUUGGAUUUGGAUAAGUUUGUCAGAGAUGAUAGAAAGCUCUUAUAAUGAAAGAAAAACUCUGUCUUUAAGAAUUAGCCUGUCAUUUAAUCACUUGUCCACAUGGAUUUGUAUUCUCCAGGUUUUACUGAGUUCAGCUUGGUUUCCUGUCUUGAAAGUGUAGCAUGCUGCAGGCCUGCCUCACUGCACUUGCACAGCUGUCUGCUUCCUGCUUAGCUGAUGGGUGUGCUGAACACAUUUUAGCCAUGAUUUAGCAGAGUGUUGUUAGGGUAGUAUGGUUAGGUUCUGGUUGGAUCUUUAAGGUCUUUUCCAACCUGAGCAAUUCUAUGAUUCUUAGCUUUUUGAGGGUAUCUUCUAGCCUACCUUGUUGGCUUUGAGGCUCCUGUUGCCCCCACGUCCAUCACAAGGUUUCAUUCUCUAGUCUUGAAUGCGUCUGUGCCAAAGCUCUUACAUUAUAAAUCAUCUUUUCGUUAGUGUUGGCUUCAGAUUUCAGCCUUGAAGUGGAUUUUGAGCGUUGGUACUCAGUGUUCUAACUUGUAGCUAUCCGAGCGAACGCUCGGACAGAGCUGAAGCAAGGUGAGAGUUUUGCAUGAAACAAAGCUUAAAUUGCACGGUGGCUGUAAAUGUAUGUAUGUACGAGAAAUGUAUGUUUAAGUUAUAUCACACGGCCUUAAAGUCUGUGGGUCUUUCCUAUAGAAAGUCCUACAGCAGCUGAUAAUUCCUCAGCUGGGUGACUCAUAAGCAGUGUGCCAAUUUGAGGGGAAAUGUUUUUUAAGUCUCCAAACACGUCUCCAGCAGCACCACAGACUGAGGAAACUGUGCUGCGGUGCGUGAGUGUGUGUGCUCCCAGCCCUGCACGUUCUGCCAAAGCAAUGAUUACGGCCUUCUUCGGUAAGUGACCCCUAUGCAAUAGAUUUUAAAGGAAACGUCCGGCUGCUGCUGUGAGAGAUAAGAGAUGCUGAGCGAGGAGGGUUGUGCUGGGGGCUGUGCAGAGCGGCGUGGCUGCUUUUGAAAGGACAGUUUGAAGGUUGUGGAUAGCAGAGCGUGAAUAUCUUGAUGAGUGGGGGGAGUAGCAGCUUCACCAGAGGCUUUCUCUGGGAGAGCAGAGGGCUUCUAUCAGAAACAGCCGGACACCUGACACAAACACUGAGAUAGAUGGGCCUGCCUGAGGUUGUUGCUUCCUCCUUGUUAAAUAUGACCAGGUAAUAAUCUGGCAAGCUUGCAAAGCAACUGACAAACUAUAGUUGCUGCUGCUCUGGUGCAGCUCAGCGGGGGCUCCUGUGUUGUUUGUCGAGGUUACUGCUCUCAGGUCACGUGUCCUGUGCUCACACAGCACUAUGGCCAUAGGAAUAUGUCCUGAUCCUCACACAGAGCUAAGAAGCCAUGUUAUCGCAUACCUCCACAGAAGUAUGGGACUGAGCAAGGUUGGAAUUACCACAGAAUUAAUAAGAAUUAAUAAGAGCUAAUACUUCGACUUUUAAAGCAUCAGCUAGUAGUACUGGUCAGAUUUUGUUUAAUUACAUCUAUCCCCUGCCCUUCUCCCACCAAAACCUGCAGGAAAAAAGAAGUGUUUGCAUAUGCACAGCAUCAGCAAGCUUAAAAAAAAAAAAAAGUCCAAAGUAAAACGUGUAAAAAUGUAUGUAAGUGUUAAUUAUUUGGCCAGCUUGCAAAGCUGACCAUUUCCAAAGGAUUUAGCUAUGUUAGAAAAAGUAUUUUAAUGACAUUACCAUACAGAAGCUGGAACAUAACCUCAAAUACUGUGGAGGUGUCUUUUCUCUCUAAUAGCACAGCCCAAUCCUGGCUGUGUGUGGCACCACUCCAGCCAUCAAUGAGCUGAGCAUGCCCUGGAGGGGUUGGCUGGAUGUGGGUCAGUUGAAGAUGCUUGGGAGAAGUAAAGUCCUUCCCCUCUCAUAUAGCAGUGUAGAUAUAGCUCCAUGCUGAGCUCAGGGAAGCAGUGUGUGCUCAGAAACAUCAGGCUCCCUUUGACGUAUGCGGGCUGGUGUUGCAAGGGACUGCACUGGAAGGGCAAGCUUUAGAGAUCAUUUCUUUCCGAGCUCCAAAUGUCUGAGUCUGUACAGAGUCGGUGACAAUCAGCGUGAAUCCAUUUGAGAUUUGAAAGCACGUUCCUUCAGCCUAAAAGUAGAUGUGUGAAGUUGUUUUUCUUCCUCAACUUUUGUAUUUAUCUCCUGCUGCAGAUGGGUGCUAAAACAAAAGGUGCACUGCCGCCACCACCUCUUUGCUGGCCAUAGGUUUGUCGCAGUGUGGCCUUGCUGGAGACAUCAGCUGGUCAAACAGGGAAAGAUUUAAGUAAGUCUGAAGGAAACAACCUUUUAUCCAAACAUGGAGUUGGUGAGCAAACACAGCCCGUGGGCUUCUGGGCAUCCUGAAAGAGGAUUAUUAGGUUUGUUUCAUUUACUUUAGCUGAUAUGACCUUGAAACGUUAGUAUUGGCGGGCCGGUAGUGACGCUAACACACACAUCUGAGGCCCAAGGUGACCCAGGAGGAUCAUGUAGUUUGUUGGGAUGAUUCCUGCAGCUGGUGGGCAGAUUGGGGCAGAUUUCUGAUGCAGCAGCAGCAACUGACCCCAGGCAGGACACCAAGGGCUGCCGGAGCAAUUUGGUGGGCCCUGUGGUGGCGCUGCUGCUCUCCUUGGGGCAAGAGGCCGCAGAGGCCGCGUAGUGCCUCCUUCAGAUAGCAGAGCUGCUCCUUCCCGGUUCCAGCACUUUCUGUGCGAGUUGCAGAAGGUGUCUAGAGGUUGAUUGCUUGUAUAGCUAUGAAAAAGAUUAAAUGCUGGGGCUCUGUGUUGCAUUUAUUGAGAAGUAUUGGCUUGUCAGUGACCUGCACCUCUUCCACCUUGCUUCAGAGCUCAGGUCCCUCUGGGCAGCAUUAGGACCACAGGCAGGCUCUGAGAUUGUGGUUUUAAGAGUCUCUUCAUUCCUUCUCUUGCUGGAGCCUACCAAAAAUGCACCUGGCCACAGCUCUUUAAAGACGUGGCUCAUGGAUAGAGAGGAAUGGAGGGAGCUGGAGGAGAGGCCUGGAGGCAGGAGAGGCUGUCUGAGAAAGUACUUCAGCCCUCCCCGGUGAGAUCAGGUUAUCAUCACGGAGAGACUUGUUUUAAGAAGGUGCCACUUCCACACGGCUCUGGAACACCUCCAGGGACGGUGACUGCCCCACCUCCCUGGGCAGUCUGUGCCACUGCCUCCACCGCUCUUCCUGAGGAGAAAUUGUUCCUAAUAUCCAACCUGUUGUGGCUUCUUGUGAGCAGCUCCGUGGUGCAGUUAUGCAGCAGCUCAGGCCCUGCCUGCUGGUGCCAGCUGCACUGCUGCUCAGUCAGCGUGAAAGGAAUUGAUUCUGCUCAGCUUUCUUUAUUUUUUAUUUCAGCUCCCCUGCUGCACGGUUUCUUGGAGCUUUUUUGCCCCACAGUUAAGAUUCCCCACGCAGAUUCACACCAUACCCCUGCAGACCGCGAGUUAUCGAAGCUCAUACAGGUAAAUGGUUUAAUACAGUAAUCAGGCCAACCCGUCAUUUUCAGAUUUUGAAGGAAAUGCAAUGAUUUGAAUGCCUAUUUUUGCCUGCAUGGUUCAAUUUAGUGCCAUGAGGACAUCUUAAGACAUUUAUUUACAAUUGAGUUAUUACGUAAUUAUUCCUCCUUGCAAAUUCUAGUGCCCAGUUCCCACGGAGAUGGCUGAGAUGGGGAGCAGUGGGGUUUGGAUUGCUGCCUUUGUUGUUUAAGGCCCUUUUUGUAAGAUGAUCGCUGCUGUGUUUUUGCAAAUCUGAAUUCUGCGUUCUGCUAACCAGCACAUCCAAUCAACCUGAAAGGCUGGCUGAGUUACCCGCAUCACUGCUUCACUUCAGUGUUUCUCACACCUUCGUCCUGAAGGAAGGACACAAAGAUGUUACUCUGAUUGUCUUUGGUUUCUUCAGUUUUUCAUCCCCCUUCGAGUUGCACAGGCACCGAAGUAAAGGUAAGCACACACAGCCCCCGUUCCCAUCCCACACUGCGUGCAGAACUGUUCAGGAUUCGCCUGGCACAGAGCCACUGCACGGAGCCUGCCUGAGCUCCUGCAUCACUUCUGCUACGGCAGAGACUUCCUUUCUCUUUUAUUCUUUAAUACAAAUGCAGCUCUGAACUCACACUGGAGGGAAAAUGUAUUUUCUUUCACCCUUUAAUUCCCAGCCGUAGAAGGUUGCCUAAAGUACUCACAGGCCCACGCUGUUCUUAUUUCAGGUGAGCCCACCUGCCAGUCUCUGGGACCCAAGUUUGGCUGUGUUUGGCUGCUUCCAUCAUACUCCACACAACGAAAUUAGGUCAUGACUUUUUGCCUCCCAGAGCUCCUCUAUGCACUGACUGGAGGCACCUUGAAGCUUAGCACAGAAUACCACGCCGAAGCCUUAGGAAUGAAAAGCAAAUAACAGCCACGGUUCGGUAGCGAAGCAGCGCUCACUUCUGUAAUUUCUGACCUUUCAUUUUAGACGUGCGCUUACAAAACGAAGCUGUCAGAAUCCCAUUUUCCUGCUCCAAGUGAAAGGCUAUUGUCUGGAUCGCAGCCUCCUCCAGCCCUCCUCCACGCAUGGCUCCGCGUUGUUUUCCUCCGUAGCUCAGGAGUUAUGAAAGCUUUUAGCCAAAGUGGCAUUUCCUCCUCCUCCGCUCUGCUGUUGUCACAGCUGAUUUUAUAGAACAAAUCUAAUUUUACCUUCAGCAAGCUUUGUUGGUGUUUGUUUUUAACAGCAACUCUUCCACUGAUAGCAAAAAUGUUCUUUUACACCAAGGGUUCAUUUCUGUGGAGAAAAAGAUCCUUUUGCCUGGCUUUCUCUGUAGCCCACAUUUUCCUAAAAAUUGGAGUAGGUCUUCAAUUUAUAUGAAUACUUUGAACCUCAUAUUUACCUAGGGCAUUAAGUGUAUCAGCACAAAAAUGAAAAUAAACAUUUCUUUUUCUUUA